GACUAGGCUCGAGAUCGGUUGUGUAGUAGGGACAGUUUUUGAACGUCAGCGUGACUGUGACGCACAUUUUAUCGGAGUAUACCGAGCGCCACUCGCUCCGUUUGCGGCUUGACUCGAAGGCACUAACGUCAAAUAGUUGCGAGUUUCGCACUCGUGGAUCAGGAAUUGUGGUGUUUGUUUAUCGGUUAAAGAAUUCAAAAUUUAAAGUGAGAGUGAUCAUAGUGACUAAGUUGGACAGGGUUCUGAUGUGCUUUAAAUAUAUAGUGUAUUUACUUGGAUUGCAAAUGGAUUCUUUGAGAGGGGCCGCCAACACUGCUUCGCCCAUAACGCCUCAGAUGAUGAGCCAAUUGUUCAAGAGACGACCACUAGUAGGCCAACUAGUCUUACCGACGCCAGGAUGCGAGUCAAAUUCCACUUCACCGUCAACAUCACCCACGGCAGUUUCGCCUACUUCUUCCACCGAUAAAACUGACAACCGGGAUCCACUGAGCUUCUAUCCUGAAGACAUGCACAGAGAGGAGGAGAGGCUCAAAACAUUCGAUAAAUGGCCAGUAACGUUCAUAUCGCCAGAAUCUCUCGCGAGAAAUGGAUUUUAUUAUCUCGGUCGCGGUGACGAAGUGCGUUGCGCCUUCUGUAAGGUGGAAAUAAUGAGAUGGGUCGAGGGAGACGACCCAGCACAGGAUCAUAGUCGUUGGGCACCGCAGUGUCCCUUUCUGAGACGUCAGAUGGGUGCUGGAAACGUUCCCCUCGAUGCAGCUGUCAGCGGAGGUCGCGAUGAAUGCGGCGUGAGAGCGCCGGUCACCGCGGCGCCUGUGCGCAUGCCGGGCCCCGUACACUCCAGAUACGCGUCCGAGGCUGCUCGUCUUCGCACCUUUGCCGACUGGCCUAGAAGUAUGCGCCAAAAGCCAGAAGAACUGGCGGAAGCUGGCUUUUUUUACACGGGUCACGGCGACAAAACCAAAUGCUUUUACUGUGAUGGGGGCCUUAAGGACUGGGAAAAUGACGACGUCCCAUGGGAGCAACACGCCCGUUGGUUUGACCGAUGCGCUUACGUCCAGUUAGUGAAAGGUCGCGACUACGUACAGAAAGUCUUAGCCGAAGCGGCUAUCGCCGAGGCGCCUAAGAAGGAGAAAGAUACGUCAAACGGAGACCCCGCUCCACCCACGAAUACAAACACAAACAUCUCGCCUGAGAACGAAGAUAUCCCCGUGGAGGACACGAAAUUAUGUAAAAUUUGUUUCGCCGAAGAAAGAAACGUGUGUUUCGUGCCCUGCGGCCACGUGGUGGCCUGUGCCAAAUGUGCCCUGUCCACAGAUAAAUGCCCGAUGUGCCGAAGGACGUUUACGAAUGCAGUGCGCCUGUACUUUUCGUGAGGCGAGUUGUAGACUGGACUCGAUGCUAGUCAGAUCCGCGGGGUCUAUGCGUGCACGAAACCACGCUCUAUGACCGCUUCAAACUGUGAUUUUACCGUUUAAUUGUUUGUUUUAAUGAUUCAAAGCGGUGGGGCAGCUCUCGUCUCGCCGAGAGUUGUGGGACAAUUCUCGGCGCGCCGAGAGGAUUUCGAAUAAGACGCGAUUCACGUAAAAGUAGAUGUUAAAAUGAUUUUAAAUUAUUUAUUGUUUAAAAAUUAUAAUGUCGUAUUUAAAUAAUCUAUUGUAAAUAUUUUAUAGCUUAUCAUUUUGUCCCACCGGAAAAUAGAGAAAGUAACGUAGUUGUGUGACCCAUGCAGUAUGCAAUGUUGACAAUUUACUCUUUGGAACCCUACAAUAGCUAUAAUCGUCAUUAACUAUAUAUUUUAUUCUAUUAUCUUUUUCAUCUAUCUACUUCUGAAAAUACAUUACAUCUGACAUUGUGUACUGUGUUGGAUUCAGAUAAACAUGUAUAAUUUUGAUGUUUUAAUUAUCUAUUAAUUUAUAAUAAUGCUAUUUCAGAUUAGAAGUUAAAAUUCAGUAAUUGUAUUUUGAUGACAUUGAAUGAUAAUGUAAAUAAUUUUCAUUUGACAAUAAAAGUAAAAAUUGGAAUAUUAGGUAGACAUAAUGAUAAGCGGGAAUUUCUUAGCACGGUCACUCAAUAAUAAAGUUUAAAUAAUUUUUUUGUCACCAGCCUGCAUCACAUAGAAUACUGGAAAACAUUUUAACCUGCAUUAAAGUUCCAUGAAGUCAACAAGGAAUCGAUACUGAGAAUUUUUAAAACAAUAAAAUGUAACAAGCCAUAUCAUAAUAUAUAACUUUUCAUGCAAAUAAUAGAACUUCAUACUGAUUUUUAAUAAUAGACAUGCAAUUUAGAAUUACUAUAUCACUGAAAAUAAUUAUUAUUAAUGAGAGAAUUUAUAAAAGUCAGAUUCAAUUUGUUUUUGUCAUAGGUAAUUAUUAUUUCGCCCUGUUGAUGUUAUAAUAAACAAAAUGUUAAAAGA